AUGCGAGAAUGGGAUCAAAGAGCAAUUGUCAAGGCAGCACAGGAGAAAGGAGUAGAAUGGUACUUCCAACCCUUUAAGAAAUGGCAUUUUCAACCACCAACCGCAAGUCAUAUGUCUGGUGUGUGGGAACGACUAAUUCGAAGUGUGCGCAAAGUCAUGAAGGCUAUCCUCGGACAUCCACAUGCCUUUGUGGAUCGUGAGACGUUGCGGACACUUUUCGCUGAAGUUGUUGGUAUCCUUAACACCCGUUCGUUGUGUCCAAGCAGUGAUGAUCCAAAAGAUAUGGAACCGCUAACGCCAAGCCAUUUCCUCCAGCAACGUCAAGGAUUGGCUAUUCCUCCUGGAGUGUUCGAAGAUUCAGAGAUGUUCUCACGUAAGAAAUGGAAGAGAGCGCAGGUGCUAGCAAAUCAAUUUUGGGCUCGCUGGGUUCGAGAGUGUCUUCCCAUUCUUCAAGUAAGGAAAAAGUGGCUUGUGGCGAAAUGAAAUCUUCAAGUGAAUGAUCUCGUGUUGGUCGUUGACUCAACCCAGCCAAGAAGUCAUUGGAAUCUAGGACAUGUGACGAAGGUGUUUCCUGGCACGGACGGUUUAGUACGCACAGCCGAAGUAAAGACCCAGUCGUCGUUACUAGUGAGACCUAUCGCAAAGCUUUGCUUGUUAGAAGAGACGAAACGAAUUUAUAUUGAACGACUGUCUAACGGGGGUACUAUGUUGAGGCGCCCUCAACACUACAGCACGGCGGUGUUACAAUUAAUAGUAUUCAUAAUUAUAUAUACUAAUUAUAUUAAUGACAUUCAUAUUUUGGACAAGAAAGCGUGGACUUUUGCCCUCUUGAAGCAAAGUGCAACCGAGGGUGCGACAACAGCUUUGCUAAGACUUCUUUGA